AUCAGGUGACCGUACCUACAGUUAGUUCGUUGACUCAAACAUUUGCUGACUACGACAAAAUAAUGAAGGGAAUUCAUUACUUACAACACAUUUUAGUGCUUUUAAUUUCAUUCACCAACCGGUGUACUGGCAAAUCAUUAUCAAAAUGAGACGGGAAAUAAUUUUAUUUCGUGCCAUAUUCCUGUUCGGAAUCGUACAUAGCCUUCCGAUUGGGCAGGAGUUCACACCGUUGCCGUUGAGCACUUCGGAUCCAGUAGCAGACAAGGAAGCGUCAUGGACACCAUCAUGCCAGGACACGGACGACACCCAGUGCAUCAGCAGCCACGAGGCAGGCUAUCGCCUUCCCAUCCAGGAGUCGGACUCAUCGAGCAGCGAGUCAGUGGAGCACACUGACUACUUCACCUAUCGUGACGACAGCGCGCCCCCGCUGCAGGAGGCAGUGGACAUCGAGACCCUCCCGGACCACCAGGUGCAGCCCCCGGUCGUGAGCUACCUCCCACAGCCCCAUAUUCACGCCGGCUACAGGAAGUACAGGAUCAUGAAUCCCUUCGUGUUCCCCCGAGUGUUCAACUCCUUCAGCCGACUGCGGCCAAUCAGCGCGCUGCCCCGCGUGCACGCGACCCGCAUCCUCGGACUGACGCCAUUGGACGAGCGGCUCGAGCAAACCAGGUAUGACGUCACGGACGCCGAGCCCGAAGCGUUGCCUAGCAACCCGCGCCAGCAGAGGAUGUCCAGAUUGACGGAAGAAGUUGCACCAAGAGAUGGAGACUAUGUGGAUCCGUAUCUGGCUCAGUUGGAGGCUGACGCGGUGAUGCCGAACAUUCUGCCGACGAUGUCGUACGUGCGGGACGCCGGUCACCUGCCCCACUACGGGUCUCCGUACGCCGUGUACCCGGGCCGGGCCGGGGGCUGCGCCCAGCCCAUACUCUUCAGCUGCUCUCCGCAGGUCACGCGAGGAGUUCUGGCGAGGCACGUGGCUCCACACUCCUACAGACAGCCGGAGCCGCAAGCACCACACAUGCAUGAUGACAUUGAUAACAGCAUUCAGUUCUAGGUACAGGAAAUUUGAUAAGCUUGGUUGUUAUUGUUAUUAUGAGUAUGUGUUAU